GAUCGAAUGGGAGUAUUAUGUAAUUUCGCCUUAACUCCACACCCAGAGCUCUGGUUCUUGGGCAAGAUUGACAGCUGGAAAGUCCACGGUAAUAAGGAGACUGAGACACAGGCGCUUCACGUCCCAACUCCGUGGAUCUGCUGCUGGGCUCGGCGGACGUUCCUUUUUACGCACCGGCGCAUUUUUGAUUUUCUUAUUUAUUUAUACAUUUCAGUUUUUAAACUAAGUGCGACUUUUUUUUUCUCUCUCUCUGAAGAAAAACAUAUCAGUGCGUUUUUUCUGUUCACCCGUUGGAUAUUUAAGAUAUAUUUUCAGAUUUUUUUUCUUCCCUCCCCCUAGGAUUGCACUUUUUAGCAGGAACUAUGAUUCCAAGGAGAAGUUUCUGUCUGGUCUCAAUGUUAUUUAUAUGCGCUUCUUCCCUGGCUCAAGAGGGUGAACUGGAAGAGCAGACCACUUUUGACCUGUUUGAAAUCAGUCACAUCACACGAAAGACUUUGGGUGCCAAGUUGUUCAGAGGUCAGGAUCCCGGUACCCCCGCCUACCGCUUCAUCCGCUUUGACCACCUGCCCCCGGUCGGCCCGUCGAUGCUGAAGCACAUUCUGGGCCUCAUCAGGAGCAAUGAAGGCUUUGUGUUCACUGCAACCGUGCGUCAGGACCGUGGCUCGCGGGGUACCCUGCUCGGCCUGGAGGGGUCUGAUGGCAAACGCCAGUUCGAGAUUGUGUCUAAUGGGCGUGCCAACACCCUGGACCUGAUCUACUGGACAGACGGCUCCCAAAAUGUGGUGUCCUUUGAGGACGUGGAUGUGGCUGACUCCCAGUGGAAGAACAUCACCCUGCAGGUGCACGGUGAGAAUGCCAACCUAUAUCUGGGCUGCAGCCUGGUCGACAGUUUUGCCCUGGAUGAACCCUUCCACGAGCAGCUGCACGGUGACGGUGGCCAGAUGUUCAUAGCCAAGGGAUCCAUCCGAGAAAACCACUUCCGGGGUUUGCUGCAGAAUGUACGUUUCAUCUUCGACACUCCCGUGGAGGACAUCCUGAGGAGUAAAGGCUGUGAGAUCACCAAGCCAGAGGACACCAAUACUGUGAUUGAGAAUAUGGAGGCGGUGGACGUCAGCCCUGCAAUCACAACCAACUUCAUUGGACAGAAAGUGGAGGAAGCAGGGACGGAGACCUGCGAGCGCUCCUGCGAAGAGCUCAGCAGCAUGUUCCAGGAGCUGAAGGGGCUCAGAGUUGUCGUGGGCAACCUCAUUGACGGGCUGCAGAAAGUGACAGAGGAGAACACAAUCAUGCGGGAGACCCUGGGAAAGAUCAAGAACUCCAAAGAGAAGCAUAUGUGCUGGCAGGAUGGACGGCUGUUUGAAGACAAGGAGGACUGGAUUGUGGACAGCUGUACCAAGUGCACCUGCCAGGAGUCGAAGAUUGUGUGCCGCCAGAUCACUUGUCCAGCAGUCGCCUGCGCCAGUCCUUCCUUCAUUGAUGGCGAAUGCUGUCCCGUGUGCCUGCCAAAUGACAGUGAUGAUGGCUGGUCACCAUGGUCUGAGUGGACAGAAUGCACCGUCACCUGCGGGACAGGAACACAACAGAGAGGCCGGUCCUGUGAUGCCACCAACAACCCCUGUGUCGGACCCUCCAUCCAGACACGCAAGUGCAGCCUGGGAAAAUGCGACAGACGCAUCCGUCAGGAUGGUGGGUGGAGCUUGUGGUCACCAUGGUCAUCCUGCUCAGUGACAUGUGGAGAGGGCCAGAUCACCAGAAUUCGCCACUGCAAUGCCCCUGUCCCACAGCUGGGCGGCAAGGACUGUGAGGGCAGUGGGAGAGAGACGCAGCGGUGCGAAGCCAAGCCCUGUUCCGUUGACGGUGGCUGGGGACCCUGGUCUCCUUGGGCGGUCUGCUCAGCUACAUGCGGCGGGGGAGUCCGGAGCCGCACCCAUGUCUGCAACAGCCCCCGGCCCCAAUACGGUGGCAGGAAGUGCCAGGGCGAGGCGACAGAUAUUGAGGCCUGCAACCAACAGGACUGCCCUGUCGACGGCUGCCUCUCAAACCCAUGUUUCGGUGGAGUGGUGUGCAACAGUUCCCCUGAUGGCUCCUGGGAGUGUGGACCCUGCCCCGUGGGUUUCCGUGGAAAUGGGACGUUCUGUGAGGACGUGAAUGAGUGUGAGAUGAUCUCAGAUGUGUGCUUCAGAGUUCAUGGAUCACAGCGAUGUGUCAACACAAACCCAGGAUUCCACUGUCUGCCUUGUCCCCCAAGAUACAAAGGCAACCAGCCCUUUGGCAUGGGUGUGGAGGCAGCCAGGAAGAACAAGCAGGUGUGUGAACCAGAGAACCCCUGCAAGGACAAUACCCACAACUGCCACAAGCAUGCCGAAUGUGUCUACCUCAACCACUUUAGCAACCCCAUGUACAAGUGCGAGUGCAAGAUCGGCUAUGCGGGUGAUGGCAUCAUCUGUGGGGAAGACUCGGAUCUGGACGGCUGGCCCAAUCAGAACUUGGUGUGCGGGGCCAACGCCACCUACCACUGCAAGAAGGACAACUGCCCCAGCCUCCCAAACUCUGGGCAAGAAGACUUUGACAAAGAUGGCCAAGGGGAUGCUUGUGACAAGGAUGACGACAACGAUGGCAUCGAUGAUGAGAUGGACAACUGCGCCCUACUGUACAACCCCCGUCAGUAUGAUUAUGACAAAGACCAAGUAGGAGAUCGCUGUGACAACUGCCCCUAUGAGCACAACCCAUCCCAAAUCGACACAGACCAUAACGGGGAGGGAGACGCUUGCUCGGUUGACAUCGACGGAGAUGAGAUUCUGAAUGAGGAUGACAACUGCCCUUAUGUGUACAACACUGAUCAGAAGGACACUGAUCAGGAUGGUGUGGGAGACCAGUGUGAUAACUGCCCAUUGAUGCACAACCCUGACCAGGCUGACACAGACAACGACCUCGUAGGCGACGAAUGUGACAACAGCCAGGACAUUGAUGAAGACGGCCACCAGAACAACCUGGACAAUUGCCCAUACAUUCCCAAUGCCAACCAGGCAGACCACGACAAAGAUGGGAAAGGGGACGCGUGUGAUCAUGACGAUGACAACGAUGGUGUACCAGAUGACAAGGACAACUGCCGACUCGUGCCCAACAAAGAUCAACUUGACUCUGAUGGAGAUGGACGUGGUGAUGCCUGCAAGGAUGACUUUGACAAUGACAAUAUCCCUGACUUUCUGGACGUGUGCCCGGAGAACAGUGAGAUCAGCAUCACAGACUUCCGCAAGUUCCAGAUGGUCCACCUGGAUCCCAAGGGCACCGCACAGAUUGACCCUAACUGGGUGGUCCGGCACCAGGGCAAAGAGCUUGUGCAGACUGCCAACUCUGACCCUGGCAUUGCUGUGGGAUUCGAUGAGUUCAGUGCAGUCGACUUCAGUGGCACGUUCUACGUGAACACGGAUCGGGAUGAUGACUACGCAGGCUUUGUGUUUGGUUACCAGUCUAGUUCGCGAUUUUAUGUAGUCAUGUGGAAGCAGAUCACGCAAACUUACUGGGAGAAGAAUCCCUCCAUGGCCAUGGGUAUGUCCGGUGUCUCCCUCAAGGUGGUCAAUUCCAGCACAGGUGCUGGGGAGCACCUCCGCAAUGCCUUGUGGCACACAGGAAACACUCCUGGACAGGUUCAAACUCUGUGGCAUGACUCCAAGAACAUGGGCUGGAAGGAUUACACUGCCUACAGGUGGCACCUCAUCCACCGACCCAGGACGGGCUUCAUCAGAGUUGUGGUUUAUGAAGGAAAGCAGAUCAUGGUUGACUCGGGCCCCAUUUACGACAAGACAUUUGCUGGAGGAAGAUUAGGGUUGUUCGUCUUCUCUCAGGAGCUUGUCUUUUUCUCCGAUCUCAAAUACGAGUGUAGAGAUAACCCGGAAUUCCCCGCUGUGUUCAUAAGAUAAUUGAGCUACAUUUGAUCUUGCAACAGUGAAGUACUGAGUAGGUGAACCUCAGUCCCUUUCCGAUCAUCAAGACCCUCACCCACCUUUGCUGCCUCAGUCAAUAAAUUGGAGCUCCGUUCCACCAGAACCUGCAAAGCUCUGUCUCAGCCUCGCCUACCAACUAUGGCUAAUUGUAUCUGGAUGCUCGCAAUUUUUGGGAUCAAAGAAAGCCAUUCGUUUUGUGUAGAUAACAUUCCAUUAAACUAAAACCAUAGUUUUCUUAAAUGCAGUUAUUAUUUUAUAACAGACAUUUAACAUUAUACAAUCUUCUUGGUCCAUUUGUUUUUGUUUCCUUACGACUUUAUUACAGAAUAUAUGUUCUUCAGUUUCCUAGGUGUUCAGACCAGGUAACCUACCUGUAUGUUCCAUUUCAUUUGUUAAAGAUAGGUACAAGUUUUAGAAAUAAGUAUUAGAUAAUAUUAAUUGCCACGAUAAAUUACCAUACAGAAAACAAAGGGCAUUUCACAGGGAAACAGUGAAUUGUGACAUUCAGUUUCAUUCUAUUCAUUGCACAUUUUUACUGCUAUCUUGAAUACAGACCCUGUUGAAUGCAUUUGUUUCUUGAAUUAUUUUUGAAAUUUUUUAGUUUGUUUUUUUUUUUUUUUUUACUUUAUCCCUACGUUUUUACAGGGAUAAUUUUCUAGGUAACUGUUUUUUAUAAGGUUUUAAUUACCUGGGGGAUGAAGAUGUUUAUAUUUAGACUGUAUUAUAAUUUCUUCUGUAAAUUAUUUAUAUUUUUCUUGCAACCUUUUUUGGUUAAUGUUACAUUUUUCUGUUUUUGCUAAAGAUUGUAAAUAAUAAUUUAUUUGUUUACAUUGACGGAAUUUCACAGUUGAAGUACAAUAUCCUUUAAACUGUUCCAUCAAAAUAUUUUCCAUACGACAUUAUUUUUUAUAUAUGCAGUGUCACCUUUGUGCCUUACUUGAUUAGUAUUUCCACCUAAUAAAAGCACAAAAAUAUGAAGCACAGUGUGCACUUCAUAAGCAUAUCAGGUCAGUGUCUCAUUUUCUCAGAUUGCACCUUUGAAAUCUUAAGCUCCAGAGGUUAAGGCAUUAAAUUCAGUGGUAGCGGGAAGUAAAAAUCAGCCAGGGUUCUAACAAUCACAAUGGGAAGGGCAUCAAAAUAACAUGAAUAACAACCAAAAAUGCUUAUUUAUAAUAACUGUUAGCAUUCCUUUACAAGUGGCUGUGGGACUUUUCUUUGUUAUUACUUAAUGGAAAUGAAGGUGGGCGCAGCCAGUUUAAAAAUAAUUUUUGAAAAACAUGGGUGGAGUAUCUUUUUUUUUCAAAUAUGAGAAGUUACUUGCAGAUAGGUACAGGUUGAGGAACAUGUUAAAUGAGUGUAUAGGUAUUACAUUUCUCUUGUAUAGCAUUAUUGCUCUGUAUAUUCAAUUUCUACCCUAUUAUGUUUUGACUUAUAUGAUGCUUUGUGAUGGACAAUGUUUGAUAUCCACCUCACUGUCUGAUUUACGUAUUAAAUGCAUUAUUGGAGCCACCUACGCUGUUCUUCCUACUCCGCAGAGAGAAUCUGGGUAGGUACAGACCCGAUUAGUUUAUUUUAGGACAGAUUAUUAUAUGCACGGGGGCACAAUGAGGUGUUCAGAUCCCUGGCGCGCUUGUUGGACGCAACGCGGAUUGAGGGGAAACUCUCCGCAGCGACGCGGGAGAAAUAACGGAAGUUGUUUUGGGCGGGAGCGCUGCGUCAAGCGCGCGGACGCGGUGGUUCCGGUUCCAAGUGGGGCGAAGCGCGAGACUGGAAGUCAGUAGCUGACGAGGGAAAAGACCCGAACUUGUGCUGUACUUCGAGGUUGCGCGAGUAGUUUAGUCCAUCGAGUUAACAAUAGGGUAUUUGUUACAUAUUAUUAUACCUUUGGAAGACGCAAUGAGACGAGGGCGGGAAGAAGCUGAAGUACGCUGACUGAGCCUGAGUGAGGUGAGGGGAGCGACACAGCGAGGCCGGCAGUGGCAGUGCUAGCGGUGGAGGUAGGUAAGAGUUGAAGAGAGAGGGGUUCGUUGCAGAAUCAGGCACGUCGCUGUUGUUGGACUUUUGGGGUCGGUCGUUAACGGCAGCGGUUAAAAACUUGUCUAAGGCAGCGGAAAAUAUCCAGCCAGAGUGGUUGGCAUAUUUGUAUGAUAAUUUAGGCAGGAGAA